AUGUCGUACAUUGAUAAAAUGGUGAUUCAGGGCAUACGGAGCUUUGGACCUGGUGAUGAGAACCGAGGUAUGAUCCACUUUUUCAUGCCUCUCACUCUCAUACUUGGACCAAAUGGAACUGGAAAAACUGUCGCUAGGGAAACAGAGGUAAAGGCCCAAGUUCGUCUGCAGUUUCAUGAUGUUCGUGGGGAUAAAUGUCUUGCACAGAGAUCAGUUGUUGGCACUCAGAAGAAAAAUAAAGUAGAGUUCAAGACAUUGGAUGGCCUGAUACAGAAGAAAUUGAGUAACGGUGAAACUGUUACUUUGAAUUCUAGAUGUGCAGAAACUGACAAAGAGAUGAUCUCUCUCCUGGGAGUAUCCAAGCCAAUCCUCGAGAAUGUUAUCUUCUGCCAUCAGGAGGACUCAAACUGG